AUGAUGGAAGGUAUAAUUGUAAAUGUUAUUAUUGAUCCUUUAUUUAAAAUUCAUAAUUCAAUUAAUGUUUCAUUAUGUGGAAAACCUAUUAUAAGAACUAUUUUUAUUAGUCCACACGUUCUUGUUAAAAAUAUUUGUACCGAAAUUUUACCUAUUAUUGGUUUAGGUCACUUAUCUACAACUUCUGAAGCUUUAAUUUUAAUUCAUGAUAAUCAAUUGUCACAAUAUGUUAACUCUUUGCCAAGUACAAAUGUUAAUAUUGGAGUUUUAAGAAAUAUUAUUGGUGAACCAAUUACUAUUAGGAUCCCAGCUAAAGGGAAACCUGAAGAUUUUACUGAAGAUGCAAUGAAUAAAAAUCUUUGUUUAAAUUUAAUUAAACUAUUUCUUAAAGAAGCGCCAUAUGUUGAAGAUUUAAUAACAGAUCCUGUUUGUAAAUCCAUUAUAGAAAAAAUUAAAAAUUCUCCAACAAUAUUAACAUCCCCAAUGAUUCCAUUACAAUCACUUUUUUUGGUAAUACAAGUAAUUAAAACAACUUUAUUUAAUAAUCCUAUUAUAAAUAUACAAAGAACACUAUCUAGAUUGUAUUUACCACAAUAUAUUUCUAAUCAAAAUAAUACAAGAAAUAUUAUACAUUCUCCAAUCACUAUUGAAACAACCAAUGAUAAUGAUUUAGAAAAUAAAAUUAGACAACAACAGUCUAAUCAAUUACCUUUCAAUACAUCAACAUUAUUUAAAACAUCUCCUUUUAAAGAUAAUAUUUUAUCUUUAAAUUUUCCAUUGUCAACCAAUGAAUCUAUUUUGAAUAAAAAUAUGUUAUCAUUAACAAAUUCUUAUAGACCUUUAAUACCAUUGAUGACGGAUACACCAAAAAUAACACAAGAUAAUAAUUCUCCUGAAUCUUUUAUAUCUUCAACACAGACACUUACGCUACCCGAUGAAAUGACUGUUCUUGAAAAUUGGUAUAAAAUGGCUGAUUCAUUACCCUCAUUUCUAGAAUUCCAAGUAUUUGCAAAACAUUUAAAUUCAAUUUUUAAUCAUUCAGAAGCAUCAGAGAUAACCGGAGAAUUAAUAUAUAAUUGGUUUAUAAAUAGAAAAUACAAUUCAUCUCAAUAA